AUGAAUCCCAUUCUUCAAAAUAAAGUUAAUAAGUUCUAUCUCAAAUUUCAUUUCUCCCGUUGGCCUUUAUAUACUUCAAGUAGUACUGGUAACAUCAAUGCUACUUCUGGUUCUAGUUCUAUCUCUUCUUCUUUUUCUCCAGUAACAUUGAUAACAAAUCACACAGAAAGCAGUUUUAAUGUUGUCGACAAUGAUAGUCCUAGUGCGGGAGAGUUGAUGGUUACAGAAGACAAUUUGAUUGCGCCCCCAAGUAAAUCUUCUAUAGAAAAUGGUGAUGAAGAUCCGUUUGGUAGUGAAUGUGAUAUUUUUGAUGGAGAAUGGGUGAGAGACGAGAAUAGAAAACAAUACUAUCCUCCAGGUUCUUGCCCAUUUCUCGGUAGACAUUCUUUCGAGUGUUACAAAAAUGGAAGACCUGAUGAUCAGUACCUCCAGUGGCAAUGGCAAUGGCCAUCUGUGCAAAUAAAUGCAAGGUGUAACAACAUCCCCAGAAUCCUCAAUGGAACAGAUUUCCUGGAGAGGUUAAGGGGGAAAAAAUUGGUAUUUGUUGGGGAUUCAUUGAAUUAUAAUAUGUAUGCUUCUUUGUCGUGUAUCCUCUGGAAUUCCAUCCCAGAUAAAAACAGAGUUUAUCCGCCACCCAGGAAUACCGAAUUCAAGUCCAGAGGAGAUUUUUCAUUAAUAUAUGAGGACUACAAUUGUAGUAUAGCAUUUGUGUGGUCUGCCUUCCUUGUCUAUGAAUUUAAAAAGGAUCGUAACCGAAAUGUUCUAAAACCGGAGCGAGAUGUUAUAAGAUUGGACGUGAUUGAUAAGCUCGAGUCAUCGGUGUACAGCGAUGCUGAUGUCGUUAUUUUUGAUUCAUUUCAUUGGUGGGUUGAUGGGAAAACUAAUAAUGGAGUCAACUAUUUUCAAGAAGGUAAUUACCUGCACCCAAAAAUGGAGAUACUUAAAGCAUACAAGAAGGGUCUUACUACUUGGAGGAAAUGGAUCGACAAGAAUAUUGAUUCCAACAGAACACAAGUUGUUUUCCGGGGAUAUUCGGAAACCCAUUACGUAGGAGGAAGAUGGAACACAGGUGGAAAAUGUAACUUGGAAACAGAGCCAAUCAUGAGCAAUGAAACUUACAUUCAAACAUCACCUAUGCAGGUGAAGAUACUUGAAAAAACUCUUCAAAAAAUGAAGACUCCUGUUUUAUAUUUGAACGUCAGUAAACUUACUUACUAUCGAGCAGAUGCACACCCUUCUGUGUAUGCGAAAAAUUACACUGUUCAAGAGAGGAUCGCAGCUUUGGGUCAUCAAGAUUGUAGCCACUGGUGUUUACCAGGUGUACCUGAUACAUGGAACGAGUUGCUGUAUAUUUCUCUGCUGAAAGCUGGUAAAGGAACUUUUGGCAGUCGAAAUUAA